CCUCCAACAGGAGCAUGGGCUGCAGGAGUUCAUGGAAAAGAAACCGUUCAUCUGCGUAGCUUGCCAUGCGUGGGAGAGUCGACAAAAGCCGCAGCUUUAGCGGAUGAACCAGCCUGAACAUGUGCUGCGUGGGAGUGUCCGACCAUCGGAUUCACUCGAAUGGGUUUUCGUUCUCGCUCUCCUGGAUGUCGUGGCCGCCAUCCACAUUUUCAUUCCUGGCUUCCGGCGCCCCCCAGCGCGGCUUUGGAUGGAUGACAAUCAGGUUCGGGCUGUUCUGCUGGGCUGCCUGGUAAUAGGACAGCGGGCUUUUGCCUCGCUCGGCCUUGGUGGGGCUCGGCUCCGCGCUCUCUGCCGCCGAGAAUGUCGUGGAUACCCGCUUGGGUGUGCUGUUUCUCGGACUGCCUGUUUGGGUUCGGAGGAUCGACCCUUGAACGACACCGGAUCCAGGCGAUGUGCUCGACGCAGACAUUGUAAAACCACUCGACUUCAUCGCUUUGCAGACCGCGUGCGAGCCUAUCUGCAACUUCUGGAUGCUUUCGGAUGUUCUCUGGAAGUCUGGAGAGUGCCCGCGUCGAGGGGAUAGAGUCAAUAUCGUGAAAUGGCUAUGGGUCUGCGUUGCUUCAUCCGUCUGCAGCCGC